CAGGCAGCGAGAGAGCGCUGUCCCAGCCAUUACAGCGAGAGACGGAGUGAGGCCGGCUGUUAGCGUGCGGACCAACUCAAACACAGCGAGCUGCAUCGUUACCUCAGACUUCCCCUUCAAAAAAAAACAAAAACCCUGCGAAUUCUAACCGGGAAAAAAAAAGCCAAAAUGGUAAGGGGGGGUGGUGAUCCUAAAAAACCUCGAGGCAAAAUGUCCUCGUAUGCCUUCUUUGUUCAAACCUGUCGCGAGGAGCACAGGAAGAAGCAUCCCGAUGCGUCUGUCAACUUUUCUGAAUUUUCAAAGAAGUGUGCAGAAAGGUGGAAGUCGAUGACAGCUAAAGAGAAAACAAAGUUUGAAGAUAAGGCAAAAGAAGACAAAGUUCGAUGGGAGAAAGAAAUGAAGAAUUAUGUGCCACCAACCGGUGCCAAGAAAAUGAAGAGAAAGAAGGACCCUAACGCACCAAAGAGACCUCCAUCUGCUUUCUUUGUCUUCUGCGCUGACUGGCGUCCAAAAAUUAAAGAGGAUAGUCCUGGCUUAUCAAUUGGGGAGACGGCCAAGAAGCUGGGAGAGCUUUGGAAUGCAACAGCCGCAAGUGAUAAGAUUCCAUUUGAAAAGCGGGCUGGCAAACUGAAGGAGAGAUAUGAACAGGAUCUUGCCUCGUAUCGUGCUAAAUCAAAGCCUGAAGCCACUAAAAAGCCCAUGCCUACCAAAAUGGAAAAGAAAAAGAAAGUGGUAGAUGAGGAUGAUGACGAUGAUGACGAUGAUGAAGAUGACGAGGAAGAGGAUGAAGAUGAUGAAGAGGAUGAUUGAAUUAAUCCUACUUCCAGCAACACUUAGCGAUAGAGCAUUUGCCCCUGCCCUGUACACACUGCUUUUUAAAAAUAUAUAAGGCUAUGUAUAUGAGAAUUUGAUUUUAAACUGUACAGUUUAUUUUUGUUUUGUAUAGUUAACACACUACGAAAGUGUCUUUGGGUGGCCCAUUGUCUCUGUUCUUAGUGACGUUUUGUUUCACAUUUACCUUGGCUGGUACAGUGAGGGGAUAUAAGUUGGCUUGGUGAGCAAUUUCAUGUUGGUACACUGCACCAACUGGGUUUGGGGAGGGGGUGUUAAUUUGCUAUUGAGUUGUUGUAACAUUCUUGGUGCAUCCAACAUUGUGCUAGAAAUUGCCACUCUGUAAUUGCCUGAAAUUGCGGCUUUUUUGUUGACCUUUUGAAAUGCUUAUAAAAUUUUUUAUUAAUGCUCUCA